CCCGCGGCCCCAAGUCCGCUCGGCGGUGAAGGUGGAAGACGCCCAACCCGGAAGACCAGGUUUUCAGCCAGCCCAGCGUUGGAAGAAGGGCGAGGGCAGAGCGUAACCACCACCUUAGUCCCGCCCCGCUCGGGGCCUAGCUGCUCUACUCACAGCGUCGGAGGGAGCGAGCGAGCGAGCCCGCGUUCCCAGCGUCUACGGCGUCGGCCUGCUCUUCGCCCUCCGCCGCGCGCGCCCAUUGGCCACCGCGGCCGCUCCCACGUGGGGCGAAGGCGCGCGCCUCAUUGGCCCCUGAGUGGGGGCGGGGCCAGAGAACGCCGGGUGCCCGGCAGAGUGUUGGGCUCAAGCGGUUACCUCUGUGGGCUGGGAAGAGGCGCAGGCAAUGGUGGCGGCGCUGCGUUACCUGGGUAGUGCCUGCGGACGGGCGCGCGGGGGGUUCCCCGGGGCGUCCAGGCCGGCGUCGGGGAGGCCUUGGUCGCAGUGUGGGGGUGGCCGCAGCACCAGCACCAGCUCGUUUGACAUAGUCAUUGUUGGUGGCGGAAUUGUGGGGCUUGCCUCUGCCAGAGCACUUAUCCUGCGACAUCCAGCACUUUCGAUCAGUGUUCUGGAAAAGGAGAAAGAUUUAGCUAUUCACCAGACUGGACAUAACAGUGGUGUCAUACAUAGUGGAAUUUAUUAUAAACCUGAAUCUCUGAAAGCUAAAUUAUGUGUACAAGGUGCAGCCCUCAUCUAUGAGUACUGUAACCAAAAGGGAAUUUCCUACAAGCAAUGUGGGAAGCUUAUAGUAGCUGUUGAUCAAGAAGAAAUUCCCAGACUUCAGGCCUUAUAUGAGAGAGGCCUACAGAAUGGUGUCCAGGGCCUGAAGCUGAUCCAGCAGGAAGAUAUAAAAAAGAAAGAGCCAUAUUGUCGGGGUCUAAUGGCUAUUGAUUGUCCAUACACUGGCAUUGUGGACUAUCGGCAGGUGGCUUUGUCAUUUGCCCAGGAUUUCCAAGAAGCAGGUGGCUCUGUCUUGACCAGUUUUGAAGUAAAAGAUAUUGAAAUGGCUAAAGAAAGCCCUUCUAGCAGUAAAGAUGGAAUGAAAUAUCCGAUUGUUAUAAAGAAUACAAAGGGAGAGGAAAUUCGAUGUCAGUAUGUUGUGACAUGUGCGGGACUUUACUCAGACCGAAUUUCAGAGUUGAGUGGCUGCAGUCCUGAUCCUCAGAUUGUACCAUUCCGGGGAGAUUACCUGCUCUUGAAGCCAGAAAAAUGCUAUCUUGUAAAAGGAAAUAUUUAUCCGGUCCCAGAUAGCCGGUUUCCUUUCCUAGGAGUUCACUUCACACCAAGGAUGGAUGGCAAUAUUUGGCUAGGGCCUAAUGCAGUUCUUGCCUUUAAGCGGGAAGGUUACAGACCCUUUGACUUCAAUGCCAGAGAUGUUAUGGAUAUAAUUAUAAAUAGUGGCUUAAUUAAACUGGCAUCCCAGAAUUUCUCCUAUGGAGUUAAUGAAAUAUAUAAAGCCUGUUUUCUUGGUGCAACAGUGAAGUACCUUCAAAAAUUCAUCCCUGAAAUCACUAUCGGUGAUAUACUUAGAGGUCCAGCAGGAGUAAGAGCCCAAGCUCUGGACAGAGAUGGAAAUCUGGUAGAAGAUUUUGUAUUUGAUGGAGGAGUUGGGGAUAUCAGAAAUCGCAUUCUUCAUGUGAGAAAUGCACCUUCCCCUGCUGCCACUUCUUCCAUUGCAAUUUCUGAAAUGAUUGUGGAUGAAGUACAACAAAGAUUUGAAUUGUAAAUAAUGAAAGGAGCUAGGUAUGCAUUGUAAUCUUCAUGUCAGCAACAAGAAUGUACUAAUUGUGUUCUUUACUUUUAAGAAAAUAAUUUUUAAAAAUCUCAUUUUUAGGUCAAAGAUAAUCACUGAGUUGUUAAAAUGAUAUAACAUAGAGGUAAUAAUUUUUUAAAAAUAAAAGUCCAUACUCUUUUUUUGUGUGUGUGAAUAAAGAGGCAAGAUACAGUUGUAUCUGUCCUGACUCCC